UAAAACAGACUGGAAUGUCUUAAGGCAACUGAAACAGUCACCAGUGGUCCCUCAAUCGACAAUCACCCAUCAACGAUGCUCGGAUUUUUGCGCAUUCCUCAGGCAGAUCCGAACCCCAUACCAUUGGCUGGAUCACCAUGGCCAAUUCUACUGAUUUUAGUGGCUUAUCUACUGUUUGUGCUCAAACUGGGCAAGAUCUUUAUGAAGAAUCGGCAGGCAUAUGAUUUGAGGACAGUGUUAAAGGUCUACAAUAUAUUUCAGGUGCUUUAUAACGGCAUCUACUUUGGAGUGGUCUUCUACUAUCUGUUCAUCGCCGGUAUAUGUAAUUUACACUGCAUGGAGAGUUUUCCCCAGGGUCAUGAACGCAAGCAGAUAGAACGGGUGUUGCAUGCCGCAUACCUGAUCAACAAAGUGCUCGAUCUGAUGGACACCGUGUUUUUUGUGCUGCGAAAGAGCUAUAAACAGGUCACCUUCCUGCACAUAUAUCACCAUGUGUUCAUGUCCUUUGGCAGUUACGCUCUGACCCGAUAUUAUGGCACUGGCGGACACUUUAAUGCCGUUGGAUUACUUAACUCCUUGGUGCACACGGUCAUGUACUUCUACUACUAUUUGUCCUCGGAGUAUCCCCAAGUGAAGUCCAAUAUUUGGUGGAAGAAAUAUAUAACAUUGACCCAGCUCUGCCAGUUCCUCAUGCUCCUCAGCUACGCCACUUACGUGCGAUUCUUCUCAACGAAUUGUGGUGUUCCUCACGGUCUCCUGUAUCUGAACAUGCUACAGGGCUUAGUCUUCAUGUAUCUGUUCGGAAAUUUCUAUAUCCAGGCCUAUCUGCGACCACCAAAGCCCUUAUCAAAGGCAAAGCAAUCGUAGCAAAACCUAGAACUAUCUUUUUACCCCCUAUAUAUAUAUAUGCGCAUUCAAUUAGUCCGUGUAACUCAGCACUCGCCCUAAAAAGAACCUUAGCUAUAUAUUAACUAUAUCUGAUAAUAAAAUGGUAUUUUCUCAAA